AUGCAAAUGCUAUUAAGCUACCAAUAUCUUAAGCAUUUCUGUGAGAUGCUGAUUCAGGGCAAACUAUAUCAGGCUGUUGUAUUAAGCCCCAGUUCUGUUUUAGAUUGGCCACAACAGAAUUUUUAUCACCUAAAAGAACAGAGUAGCGAUUUUGAAGGGGCUUUUGCGUUUGCGACGAAUCACCCAGAUGGCUGGGAGGCUAAGUUUAUGGACAGACCGAAAAACAUGCAGGAUUACCUGCGACACAUUGCCCAGGGCAGAAAACCGGAAUUAAGGGAAUACGAUGCGUUGGGCGAGCGAAGUGUUCCGGAAAAGACGCUCGACGAAAUACGCUAUUAA